AUGAUACAUAAUGAGAGUGUGAAAACAUUCGAAGACAUAUCACGUCAUUUGGAGCUAGAGGCUGAGCGCCUUGAGGCGGCUAAGUCUGAUGGUUCUGCUAUGGCGGUUGAGUCAAGCUCAUGUAGGACUUCUCAGUUCAAGCGUAGAAAAGCAAAAUGUGCUCCUAAGAAACAAGCAGCAGCUUACAUACACAACGCUUCUCAAAAGUUUGGAAAGUUGGGCCCUACAGGAAAGAAGUAUAUCUUCAUUCGCUAUAGUGAGCAUUCUAAGGGCUAUGUGUUUAUUGGGGAGCAUUCGGAUGGAAGUGUGAUUGAAAUUGAGUCACAAGAUGUGGAUUUCCUAGAAGAAGAUUUCUCUAGUAAAGGUGAGGUAACUAAAGAUGUAGAACUCUAUAAGAUGGAAGAUCUACUUGAAGGCGCACCUAGUAGCCUAGUAGAGAAUGAGGAGAUAAUCCCUCAAGCUCCUAGGGAGAGUGGGAGCGAUCUACCUGCCCAUGGAUUAGAACCAACGGAUAAGGAUUCUCAAGAUUCUCAACUACGUAGAAGUAAACGUGGAGCUAUACCCCGUCGUCGUUUUGAGAUUGAAGGGGAAGCAUUCAUGAUUGCUCCGAAAAGGUAUAAGGCUCGCCUAGUGGCGAAAGGUUACACCCAACGAGAGGGUGUGGACUCUGAGGAAACUUUUUCACCAGUUGUGAGGUUUGCCUUUAUUCGCGUAAUUCUGGCCAUAGUAGCUCAGUUGGACUUAAAGCUAUAUCAAAUGGGCGUUAAGAUUGCAUUUCUCAAUGGAGAAUUGGAUGAAGAGAUCUAUAUGGAUCAACUAGAAGGCUUUGUGGUAGUAGGUCAGGAGUGCAAAGUUUACUUAGAUGAGCGUAAGUCUACUUCAGGAUAUGCUUUCAUACUUAGUGAUGGUGCUAUUUCUUGGAGUAGUAAGAAGCAAUCCUGUAUCACCUUAUCGACUAUGGAGGCUGAGUUUGUGGCUUGUUCAUCUGCCGUUCAGGAAGUCGUUUGGUUGAGGAGAUUCUUUCCGCAUUUGGAUAUUGUCACACACACUUCAGACCCUGUGACUAUCCAUUGUGACAGCAUGGUUGCACUUGCUUACGCUAAGGAUCCUAAAUACCACGGGAGAACCAAACACAUUGAUGUGAGGUUCAACUUUAUCAAAGACAUUGUGGCACAGAAAGAAGUGAUCUUGGAGCACAUCUCUACGAGUCGCAUGAGUCAACAAUCGAAUGGCAUCAUAUAUUCUCAAGGUUUGCCAGAGAAGAAUGUCAUGGACCAUCAUUAUGCUCACCCAACUCCUCCAAUUAGGGCUAGGUUUUUCCAUGAUCGUAAAGGAGCAAGACCUUUUCCCAGUUGCGCCAAGCCAGCUUCGACUUGUUCAGAAGGACUUCAGUAUCAGGAUGGGAUAAUAUUGGGCCGGAAGGUUGAGUUGAAGGUUGGGCCCAAGCUACCUUGA